UCCAGUCAUUCAGCGAGCACCGAGAUACCAACGGCCGUGAUCAUCAUGCCUUACAAAAUUAUCGGCUAUUUCGUCGCCUUACUGGCUGUCGCCCGUGCCGGGAUCAUUGGCUCCGGUGCAGCUGCAGUAGCCGUCACGCAGCAGCCAGCUGCAACGGUAAUCAGAGCCGAAAACUACGACUCCCAUCCUCGGUAUAGCUUCGGUUAUGGCGUGGCAGAUAGUCUCACUGGCGACAACAAGGCGCAGGAGGAAAUUCGCAACGGCGACGUGGUCGAGGGCAGUUACAGUCUGAUCGAGCCCGACGGUGUCCGGCGCGUCGUCUCCUACGCGGCCGAUCCUGUCAACGGUUUCAACGCGAUCGUGCAGCGGGACCGCGGCGUCACGUUGAAAACUGCCGCGGUCGCGGCUGCACAUCCUGUCGUGGCGCCGUCCGUGCUCGCCGCGCCGGCUGCAAUUCGCCCGCAGACGGUCUUCCUGGGCGCGCCUCUGGCGAGGCAGCCGCUCAUCUCGGGGUCCACGUUGGCCGCCACGAACGUCGUCGCCGCGAACUCGGGACUGCUGGGCGUGAGAGUGGGCCUGGGGCUCGGAUCGGGAUCUCUCUACGGCACGCAGACUGUCGUCGCGGACGGCUACGGCAGCGGCGGUGUCGUGAAAAUUCAUUAAGCGGCAUCAGAUCGACGCAACUGAAAAUACUUUCUGUCUGACCAUACGCAUCCCGAUCUCCUUACGCAUCUCCCGCACCACUUUAGCCGUUUAAGAAAAUGUACCCGAAAUCUAGAUAAUGCAUAAAAAGAAACACGAGAUAUUUGUACGCGAAAUAAAGGUCUUCGGUAAAA